AUGGCAUUCCUCUCCUACGGCUCCGACUUCACUCCACUCUUCCGACUGCUGGACGACUACGAGACCCACCGGUCCCGAGCCGCACCGUCUCCACAGUCUACAUCCGCUGUUUCGAAGUGUACGAAAUCCACAAACACCGGAUCUACUACACCUUCAACCCCCACUCGCCGCACCUACUUCUCUCCCGCCUUCGAUGUGCGCGAGCUCAACGAUGCCUACUACCUUGAUGGCGAGCUGCCGGGAGUCGACCAGAGCAACAUUGAGAUUGAAUUCACUGAACCCCAGACCCUCGUGGUGAAGGGUCACACAGAGCGCAACUACUCCUCACUCAAUGCUCCCGCGACUGGCCUCACAGAAGAACACCGAUCCAACGCGCCCGACGACACGACUCCCAGCUCCAGCCGAGCGAAUUCUCCACACCGCUGGCACCAGCCCACCGUGGAAGAUGACGACGAGGAUAUGGACGGUCACCAGUCCGAUACUCGAUCCACCACAAGCCACCACUCUGGUGCGACGCCUUCAGCGGCAACCGUGCAGAAGAAGCAGCCUGCCACGAGGUCGGUGGUGAAGACUGGCAACAAUGACAGCUCCUCAUCUGCAUCCUCCAAGACUAAAUUCCACUACUGGGCCUCAGAGCGAUCAAUCGGUGAAUUCCAACGGACAUUCACCUUCCCGGUUCGCGUGGAUCAGGACAACGUGCGCGCUUCCUUGAAGAAUGGCAUCUUGUCCGUCAUUGUGCCCAAGGAAGCUGCCCCCAAGACGAAGAAGAUUCGCAUCUGCUGA